GACAAGAAAUUAUUAUGCUCUACUUGUACACUUUCCAAUGUUGAACUCGAAUAUAAAACUUGACUUGUUCGGGUCGUGGCAUUCUAUCUUCCUGGUUCUUGCUUUCUUCUCCUUUGGUUUGAGGUUUUAGUAUUAGCUAGAAGGAAAGAUGGGUAACUUGUUAUGUUGCGUACAAGUUGACCAAUCCACGGUAGCUAUCAAAGAGAGAUUCGGCAAGUUUGAGGAAGUACUUGAGCCGGGAUGCCAUUGCCUGCCAUGGUUUCUUGGAUGUCAGCUUUCUGGACAUCUCUCUCUUCGUCUGCAGCAAUUGGACGUGCGUUGUGAGACCAAAACUAAGGACAACGUGUUCGUCAAUGUUGUUGCGUCGAUUCAAUACCGUGCCCUGGCAGACAAAGCUAAUGAAGCUUUCUACAAGCUCAGCAACACAAGAUCCCAAAUCCAGGCCUACGUUUUUGAUGUGAUUAGGGCUAGUGUUCCAAAGCUCAACUUGGAUGAUACUUUCGAGCAGAAAAAUGAAAUUGCAAAAGCUGUGGAGGAAGAGCUCGAGAAGGCCAUGUCUGCUUAUGGCUAUGAGAUCGUGCAAACACUGAUUGUUGACAUAGAACCAGAUGAACAUGUGAAGCGAGCAAUGAAUGAAAUUAAUGCCGCUGCAAGGAUGAGGGUGGCUGCUAAUGAAAAGGCAGAGGCUGAGAAAAUCUUACAAAUUAAGCGAGCUGAGGGUGAGGCUGAGUCAAAGUAUCUCUCUGGACUUGGUAUCGCUCGCCAACGUCAAGCAAUUGUUGAUGGUUUGAGAGACAGUGUGCUUGGCUUUUCUGUUAAUGUUCCAGGGACAACUGCAAAGGAUGUCAUGGACAUGGUCCUUGUCACCCAGUACUUUGACACCAUGAAGGAAAUCGGUGCUGCCUCGAAAUCGUCUGCGGUGUUUAUCCCCCAUGGACCUGGCGCUGUUCGCGACGUUGCUAGUCAAAUUCGUGACGGGCUUCUCCAGGCUUCUCACCACAACCAGUAGUUGUUCUACUUCUCAAAUCUUCUUUCCAUGCUUGGCUUAUGCGCAGGGUGUUCUCUCUUUUAGGAAAUGAUAUGAUAGGUUCUAAGUUCUUAUUCCUGGUUGCGAAUUAUGUUCAUAUAUCUACGAUGGAUUUUUAGGUUUAAGGAUUGAAGUUGUGAGAACUAAGUUUGACGAGUUAUAGUAGAUAUUUGAAUCAUGUGCUCUUUUCCACUUCAAAUAUGUGCUCAUACCACUAGAAUUUGCUUACACUCCUAUAUCGGUCA